AUGAAGCUCACCACUGUCAUCACCUCCCUCCUCUGCCUGGCAGCCGCCCCGUUGGCUUUCGCAGAGGACGACGUCACAUCGACUGCGACGACCACUAUCACCAAGACUCUUGUCCGGGUCAAUGCCAUGACUCCUACUCCUACUCCGAGCUCUAGCAUGGUUACCAUGUCGACCACGGCUACCUCGACCCCUCUGUCCCGCGCUUCUUCUUCUUCCACCACCUCGGCUGUCGCAGCCGCCAGCUCGACUGGUGCUGCUAUGAAUUUGGGCGCUGGCGUGCCAGCUGCCCUUGUCGCUGGAUCCUUUGCUCUCAUCAUGGGCCAGGCCCUGUAA